GCUGCUCAGCCAAAGCAAACUUCGCUUGCACCUCCAAUUCUUUUUGCGAUCUCUGUGAGCAAGAACUCUGCAUCAUGUGAGUCAACACAAUCAUGUGCAGAAACGGGAAUUCCUGCUACCUCGUUUAAUUUGCAGUCUCAACCCUCUGUUAGUUCUCAUCAGGCAACUUCUACCUCGUUAGAACGACGACAUAGCAUUGAGUUAGGCUCAUUGGCCUUGCCUCAUCGAUCCUUAGAUGACACAUUCUCGCCCUCCUUAUCUUCGUCUUCGUCUUCUGAACCUCUAAUCCAGCCCGAGGUCCAGAUGAUGACUGCACCACAGGAAUCCUACUCAAAUACUAGGUCGGCAAAUUGUCACGGCCUUCUAAUUUCUCCAUCCGAACUAGAACAUAUUAACAAAUACUGCAAUCCUUUGACCAACUCUAUUCCGCAAGUUCAUGUCUUACCCUCCACUUUCCCGGUUACAUUAACAAAGAUACCCAUCACUAAUGCAGCAGCAGCAGAGACGACCAGGUCCAACGAAUUAACUGCACCAGCUGUCAGUCCUGCGUCCGAGGGCCGAGCAUAUUCUGUGAGAAAUUUAGAGCUUAGCAACAUUUUUUUAUCAGAUCAUUGUAGAUUAAACGAGCUUUAUUUGAAUUUAAUGUUUUUGCAACUAACUUUGAAGUAG